AUGUACCCCAAUGAAACGCUAAUCUAUAAUGGUUAUCUCGGCUGUUCACCUUUGUAUCCGAACAUCGCUAUCAGCCUUUGCACCCUUGCAGCCUAUCGCCAAGCUCACCGGACUUGUCCUCAAUUCAGCAUCCAGGCACAAUGCAAAAUGCUAUGCUACUUACAUGAUAUGCUGUAUCGCCCAUAUCUCCGCUCUCAAUUUUUGGCUGCCUAUGAUGCUUUCCUUGAAAUUGUCUAUCGUGUUGAUGUAUUGCUGAAGCAGACACUUAAGCACGACACCCCAAACUGGCGGUUAUUGAAUGUGUGCCUGCCAUGUACUUACAAACUGGUGGACGAACCACCACUCCAAUUUACUUGGUUUGCCACCAUUGACAGCAAUAAUAUCCUUAAGCAUUGGGCAUCUUUGGUUCAUAAUUCUGUUCCUCAUGAUGACUCUCAUCAGCCAAGAUCGGACUACUGGAUCGGUUGCGACGUAGUAGACAAAUUCAAAGACAAAGUCAGAUCAAUAACUGCACUCAACAAGGAUGACAAUGUUGAUGACUGGCAGGAUGUAUGUGAUGAUAGAGAAGUCCCAGGCGAGAUCCCUUUCCAUUGUACAGCCCGUUGGUGCAAUGCUGGGCCCGAACAACGCAAGAAAAUGUUUUCAGUAUUCGACGAAUCUGGCAUUUUCAUUGCUGCAUGCCGUCACCAUUUUGUCUUAGUGGCCUGCAAUAUGAUUCGCAGCGGAGAAUUAGCGAAGUAUCCGCUCGCUUUAAUUGAUCAUCUAAUGACUGUAUAUGGGCAGAAUGGCUUGUGCGCUUACGACAUUGGUUGUGCAUUUUUGAAGACAUUGAGUACUAGUUCUUUGUGUCCGCGUGCACAUGCACUUGCUUUAUGCAUGAUGGUGGGUGCAUUCCAUGGACAUGCACAUAAUCGCAAGUGCCAGCUGGACUGGCACCCUAUGUAUAUAAGUGGGACUGGCCAUACCGAAGGUGAAGGCUGUGAACACAUUUUCUCGUCAUCGAACGAGCUCGCACGGAGUUUGCGACACGCUAGUCCUUUCCAUCACCAUCAGUCUAUUGAGGAACAUUUUGGCUUCUGGGACGCUGAUAAAUACACUGCCCUGAGCAAUUUUUUGUUCAAUCAUUACCGGGAAGCCAUACAUGGCAUUCAAACCCUGCAAGCUGAGCUCUCCAUCAUCAAAUACUUUGUGAAGUUUUACAACAAGGAAAAGUUGUAUCUUGAUCGCCUGAAAGAACCUCCAAUCCAAGACCGUCUUUGUAUCCGAUAUGUUGAAGUCCUAGAUGACCUUGAAUUGUGCCGGGAGGAAUGGAACACUGCUCAAUUGGCUGCCAAUAAUGCACUAACUACUAUUGGAGUCAGCAAUUUCUCAGAGAUCAGCACCGCCCUGACUACAGCUCAUAUCUGUGUUGAUGCUGCUUACGCAAAGUUGCAAAAUGCUGAAGCCUUAGUCGCCCAUAUGGAAAUUCAACUUCACAUUGAGCAGUGCUGGGUUAUCGGAGGUCCCAAAUACGUUCAGUUCAAAGAUGAAGCAGCAUUGGGCAAGUAUCAUACAGUGUUAAAUGAGCUGGAGCGCCUUGUAGUCAUGAGGCUUUUUGAGCUCUCAAAGCUUUCAUUGUCGGGCACAGGAUACAAACUAUGUCAGCAAAUUGGAAAAGCACUACAGUGCCGUUCAGAGGCAAUCCACAAUGAAAUCAACUGGUACAAUACUCAGGCUGCUGCACUCAACCCGCCACAUCCAAAAUUGUCCUGGAAGGACAUUGCGGAGUACAGCUUCUUGGGAGAAUUCGACUUGUUGUGUCAUUCACGCACAGACAUUUGGGAACUCGACUGGACAAAACCUGCUCACUGUGAGGCCACCACAAAGUAUUUCAAACUGUUGCAUGCUCAAGAAGAGGUAUCUUGCCUCAAUGUCGAAGAAAUCGAAACAAAGAAAGUUAUCAAUGACCUUCAAUCAUCUAAUCCCCUCCUCGCAUCUGAGCUUCAGCAACAAUGGCGAAGUCGCUCGGCCACCAACGUGUUUCACAUUUUCUGUCUCAAUCAGAUCGAGGGCCUCCCAGGGUACUCAGGCGCGCAGGGCAUUGGAGAAGAGCAUGCUGAAGAGAUGGAGACUAUGGGUAGCUAUCUCAAUUCCAUUGUAGAUAGUGCAGUGUACAUUCAAAUAUAUGUUGAGUCCUAA